CUCGGCGGCCAGGUCGGACAGGUACUGCUGUGUCCCUUCUCUUUUAUAUGGGGCAGUCAUCAAUUAUUGACGACUGACCCGUCGCUGAUAUUUCAUAGAAAACUAAUUUAAAAACUGCAAUUUCACUCAUAUGGAAAAGAUGAAAUUGAGUGGGCUGUCACAUCUCCUCAUAGAGCAGAUAGCGAUUGUGGCUGCACUUGUAGCAUACCUUACUGGUAUUGUGAGUGUGAGGCCGCAGCCAUCCCUACCCGAGGACUUGGUACUACCCACCGAGGCACCCAGCAGCAAGCAUCAUGAUGAUUCUCUGGUGUCAGUAGACAAGACUGUUGUUGUUGUCAUCGAUGCCCUGAGAGCAGAUCAUCUUGUGUCUACAGCACAACCUCUCAUGCCUUACUUACACGGCCUACUCACACGAGGAGAGGCCCACGGCUAUGUUCUGCGUACGGCUACACCCACGGUCACUUUGCCUAGAAUUAAGUCCCUAGUGACAGGCAGCAUCCCAGGUUUUAUGGAUAUCAUUGAAAACUUUGGAGCUACUGAGCUGACAGACGACAACCUUAUCAAGCGGUGGGUUGAUGCAGGGAGACGGAUUCACUUCUAUGGAGACGACACCUGGCUCAAACUGUAUCCUUCACAUUUCUCCAAAUAUGAUGCAGUUGCCUCAUUCUUUGUUACAGAUUAUACAGAGGUAGACAGGAACGUGACACGCCACAUCUCCAAGUCUCUGGCCUCAGAUGACUGGGAUGUGCUCAUUCUACACUAUUUAGGCUUGGAUCAUAUUGGCCAUUUGGAAGGACCAAUGAGUUCACUGAUUGGACCAAAGCUUUUAGAAAUGGACACUGUGAUGAAGACCAUUCAUCAUGGACUUGAAGAAAAGGGACACAAGUACUUGGUGGUGGUGUGUGGUGAUCACGGCAUGAGUGAUGCUGGAGGACAUGGAGGCUCCUCUCACUCUGAGGUUACAACAUCUGCUCUACUUUUCUCAAAUAUCUUUGGAAAGAAAAUACCCUACAAAGUCCGUGAAGCCAAACAAGUUGAUCUUGCCUCCACACUGUCCUUCUUAACUGGCAUAGGAGUUCCUGAGGGAAAUAUUGGGAAACCACUUACUGAAGUGUUCUCACAUUUUGAAGUGGAGAAAAGAAUGUCCUUACAUCAUAAUGCUGCAAAACAGUUGCUGGCAAUUGCCCGUGGGUCAGGACUCCACGUAGACCAUGGUAAUGCAGAGUUACUCUUUCAGGAAACAACAAGGUUACACAGUGAUGUUUUAAAAAAAUUGUACAAGGAUCCCCCAGACUCAAGCUAUAAGGCAGCUGAAGCAGAGAGAGUUUGCAAGUUUUAUCUUGAAUGUCAACAGACAGUGUCAGAUGCUCUUUCAUCAAAGUUGCAGAGUUAUGAUCUUCCCACCAUCUUCAUAGCCACCAGUGCUGUCAUUAUGACCCUGACAAUAUGUCUGUGGAGGCUGUGUACCAACCCUUCACUGUCAAGACAAGUCAGUGUGGUCACCAUCUGCUGGGGUGCAGGUGGCACAUUUCUGGCUUGGCUCCUCUGCUGUGCUGCUGCAUCAAGCUCUCUCAUUUGCCACCUGCUGCGUCCCACACCAUGGCUUUUGGCAGUAUCAUUUGUCUACAUUAUGGUGAUGGGCUCUCAGAUCUGUUGAAGCUGGAAGGACUGAUAUACUUCAGAGGGAGAGUAACAAGGAUCCCCUUCACUGCUUCUUAAUGCUUGGCACCGGCUUACAUGUAUUAAGUCUCCUGGGAACAAGUCUAGUGGAGGAAGAGCACCAGACUGUUUACUUUUUGUUAAAUAGUCUUCAUGUAGGAUUGAUACUGAAGAUCAUGAUUGAGAAUAUUAGAGAAUCAUUUGACUCUAGAAUAAAAACAAAUACAAGUACACACAAUAAAGGUGAUGGUGGUAGUGUUGGGAGAGGCACAAAUGAUGGCUCCUCAGAAUUACCAACAAGAAUCACAAAAGUUAAGGAAAAUGUUUCCAUGUUGCAAAAACUCUGCAGACCUUCUAACAAAUUAAUGCUGCUACUGAUGGUCAGCUUGGUACUCAGCAGACUUAUGAGAUCAUGGAAUUCUACAGGUGAUAAAUGGAAACACCUGGAGGACUUGGGUGAUGGAAUACGAGCCAUGGGAGGUUCUGUUCUUGUGUCUGUUGUUCUCUCUGGUCUGGCAAUCUCAUUCCUGCUGUUGUCACGUAAUUGCUUUGGUUUAGUUUUACUUAUCUGUGGGUGUAUAUUUGGACGACAUUUUCCUUACUGGGGGAAUGACAUCAGCAGUGGAGCUCUUGAGGCACAAAUUGCACAUUUAGCAAUAAUUGUUUUGUUUGUGUAUGGACUUUUCAAAUCUAAAUUGAUUGACUUUAAAGCCCACACUGCAAAGUCUCGGAAAGUUUUGGAGGUGUAUGAACCUGAAGAGGACAAAAUUAGUGUUUUACUAAGAUACAGCUACACCUCGCUGAGUCUACUCUGUCUUCUCCUUCAACGAGUGGACAAUGUAGGUCUAAUGUCUCUCAUGCUGCUGCAGAACUGGUUGUUUUGCUCCGUUGUCUACAGACUCAUAUUUAUUAAAUGUAUUUCAUGGAAUAUGGCAGCAUUAGCAGUGGACUGGCUUGCCUCUGCUCAUUUCUUCUAUCAGGGCAACAGCAACAGUCUGACAACUGUAGACAUGAGUGCAGGCUUUGUAGGAGUUACCUCAUACCGUCCACUCAUCCAUGGGGUUCUCAUAGCAGUUCAGACCUUUGGUGGAAGCUUCCUCACCUAUCUUGCCUACUUGAUGCACAUUACCUCAAAAGAUGAACAAAGGGGGAGGUGGCAGCAACUGUUGCGUGUUUGGUGGAGUGUACGACUGGCUACAGUCAGCUUGUACUUGGUAAAUGUUACAAUGCAGCGUCACCAUCUCUUCAUCUGGUCAGUCUUCACUCCGAAGCUCUUAUAUGAAGCGGCACACAUUUUGGUUUUGUGUGUUCUUACCCUCUUUAUGUGGACUGUAGAAAAAAUAUGUACUGUCUUAGAAGUUACUUAUAGAUUUGAAUAAGUUAUUUACAUGAAUAUAAAUUUUGCUCAAAAGAGGUCACAGGUUAUGAGGUUCAAAUAUUGUAACCCGUUUGUGUAUUAUACAUUUUAAUCAAUAUCCUAUGUGCUGUAAUGAUUAUCUACUGUGAACUACAAUGUUAAAUUUACUAUUCUCUAGUGAAAUGCUACACCGCACUCAGUAAGACAAAACCUUUAGGGCAAUAUACAGUACAUACUGUAUAAGUAUGAGGCAGAAGAAGACAAGCAACAUGCAGCUUGAUUUAUGUAUAUUAUUCUAUUCUAAUAUUCAAUAUUUAAUCUUA